CGCGAGAGUCAGACGGAUGUGAAAAUGACGGAGAGUUCUGCUGUCAGACACUCAGCUCGCUCUUAAACGGCCGCCGCGGCUCUCCGCUCCACUUUCUCUCGAAAAACAGUCGUUAGUUAGUUUGGCUGUAGAGUAACGUUCAUAUGAGCUCAGGAAACCCGCUGGAAUUCACUUUUAAGCGGACCGCAUCGCCGUCAAGCUAAAGUUAGCGUCCGUCGAGCUAACCGGAGAAGCAGCGGAGUGAGUUACCCGGCGGCAGGGAGACCCGGCCCGGCUGACUCUACCAUGUAACCGCCGCCGAGGCUCCAGGCACCGACAAUAGCUAGCCUCAUAGGUUAGGUUCACCGUCUGUUCGUGUUACUCCGCACUCUAUCCGCCAUCCAGGCGGGUUAACCGGCACCAGGAGCGGCGAGGAAGGAGAGAAAAGAUGUCCCGGAGGCGGCUCGACAGCCGCGGCGGACUGUCCGCCGGGCUGCUCGGGGAGAUCCAGACUCCGAUCAGCACGGAGCCCCUGGAGAGCCUGUACGACAUGAGCGGAGAGCUGGGGAGGGGAAAGUUCGCCGUGGUCAAGCGAUGCGUGGAGAAAGCCACGGGGAAGGUGUUCGCAGCCAAGUUCCUCCGAAAGAGGAGGAGAGGCCGGGACUGCCGGGCGGAGGUCAUCCACGAGAUGGCCGUGCUGGAAACCGCCCGCAACAACGCCCGAGUGGUCAACCUGCACGCCGCCUACGAGACGGACCACGACAUCGUCUUACUGCUGGAAUUCGCGGCGGGCGGAGAGAUAUUCGACCUCUGCGCGUGUGACGAGCUGCUGCCGGAGGCUCAGAUCACCCGCCUGAUCAGACAAACGCUGGAGGGAGUCCACCUCCUCCACCAGAGCAACCUGGUGCACCUCGACCUUAAGCCUCAGAACAUCCUGCUGACCAGCCCGUGUCCUCCUGGAGACAUUAAGAUCGUAGACUUUGGCCUGGCGCGCCGGCUGGGAGCUGUCGGAGAGCUCCGGGAGAUCCUCGGCACGCCUGAGUAUGUCGCUCCAGAGAUCCUCAACUACGAGCCCAUCACGACGGCCACGGACCUGUGGAGCGUGGGGGUCAUUGCUUACAUGCUGGUGACGGGCGAGUCUCCGUUUGCCGGGGAUGACAAGCAGGAGACGUACCUGAACGUGUCUCAGGUCAACGUGGACUACAGCCGGGAGGCCUUCUCCAGAGUGUCCGAGCUGGCCGUGGACUUCAUCCGGAAGCUGCUGGUCAAAGCCCCUGAAGACCGUCCGAGUGCCGCGGAGUGUCUGAGCCACCCCUGGCUGUGGCAGCAGCAGUUCUGCCUGAGCCCCGAGCCCGCCGCCGCCACCCGCCCCGUCCGAGAGAGGAGCUGCGGCGCCAAGUGGGCGGCCCCACCCGAAGACCUGGAGGACAAGGAGAACUUCCUGGAGUCUCCACACUCCCACGCCAAGAGGUUUCGCUUCGACGAGGACGCGCCGGCCGCGGGCGAGGGGGACUUCUGAGGCAGCGCGCCGCUUCCUCGGUUUUUAAAGUCUUUUACGCCUCCAGGAAAGCGGCUGUUUGCCGCCCCACUAACCCAUCAGCACUCAAACCAAAGAUAACCAGCUGGAUGUGGACAGGCUGUACAGCUCCUCUCCGCUAACGCAAUGUGUUUAACCUCAAGUAUUGAAUUCCUCUCACCGUGGAGAGUUCUGCAGGAACAGGGACUCCGUGUGCUGCAGGCUAGUUUCAGGGCUUUUUAGGGAACUCUAUGCAACACUGGUGCUUUUUGCUCGUUUGCUUCAGGCUCGAGGCGGGAGGCGAGCGCUCGGCUCUCCUCUGAACACCAGCACUGCCAGCAGGCCGGCGUCAGGAAGACACACCAGCACAGUGCAUUCCUCUGAGGUUUCCUCCGGGUGUUUGAAGCUCAGGGUUUAGUUAAAGCUCCCCAGUGCCCCGCCCCCCUCCCCAUGAAAACCCUCUCACUGUGGACAACAUGCAGUGUUCACUGUACCAUAAUUUGACACCAGCCUCCCUGUCUUCAGGGCCGGUGCUGCUCUCGUUUUAAAAAGCUCAGAAGCUUUGUCCUCUUCCAGCUGCAGUCGGAGGGUUUAAAGCAGCUCAGGGUUUCACAAGAAGCACUUUCAAUACGGAACACAAACACCCCUCCAUCACUGAAAGACAACGGCAGAAAUCACUGGUGUUUCUUCUGCUGAGGGCCAAAAUAAAGAGAUUUACUAAGCUAAUUUUCUAUUUUCAGAUAUUUUAAGAUUCCAGAUUUUCUCAGUAGUAUCUUUUUUUAUUAUUUGUUUUUCCACUUCUAAUCAUUCUUCUGAUCCUGACCUGUUCAUCCUCGGAGGCAGCAGACGUGGUGCUGCGGGUCGGUUCAUCUCUCUUUUUCUUUCCGAGUCUUGUUUAAAGUAUACAAACAUUCCUCUUCCUCGGCCGCUGCAGCUUCCUCUUCCUCUCAGCACUUAAUAAAGCGAGGAGCUGCUUCUGAAGCCUCGUUCUUGUUGUUCUCAUACCUGGUGUUAUUAUUAUUCCUCUUAUUUAUGUGCUGGACGUAGACGUUAAUGUUUUACUGUAAAUAAGGUGUCUUAUGAAGAAGUGGAGACGGUGGUGUUAUUUAAAGCAACAGGAUGCUCUUGCAGUGGGAGAUCAGAGGUGGAGUUUGUGAAGGUGAGGUCAGCGUUGAAGGGAUCAGAGACGUAGAGUUGUUGAAGGAUUUUCGGAGCGGUUUGAUGAGGGUGAAGAGAAAGUGAUGAAGAAUGACGUUUGAGAAAGAGUCCAGGUGCUAUUCUCUCCCGUGUUUAGGAAAAGUGAAGCCGAAGCACACGACGCUCACUCAUCUUGAAAACUGGAACCAUUCAGUUCAGUGUGCGUGUGUGUUUGAGUGUGUGUGUGUGUGUUGUAGCCGGACUGGUUCUGCCUGGUGAUGUCAGUCGUGUCGCUCCGUGUCGGCCUCCUUUGUCCCGCUGUGGCUUGAAGACGAGUUGUUGUAGCGAGCAGCCGUUGUGCCGCUCGUCACUGGAGGAGCAGACCGACUCUUCUGUGUGACUUUUUAUACCCCCCCCUUUUUUUUUUUUAAUAUAUGAGCAUUCUGAUUGCAUUGAAAUGACUAAAAAAGAUGAUGUGUAUUGUGAUCAGCUGCAGGCUAAUAUGUAGUCAUCACAAAGCAGACUGAAAAAGCUCAUUAAAGAUCGUAGAAAAUAA